AUGACCAAUCGACCGGGAUUUUGGCAGGCCAAAGGCUCUGACGAUACUCAAAAUGGAGCUGAAAGGGGAGAAAAUGGAGUCAGCAAACAGUUUCUGCCAAACCGUGAGCGAAAUGGGAGCAGUGAAUGGUUGGAUACGCAGAGUCGAAACUCGGCCGCCAAUCACGGCUUCACUCCUUUCAAAUCAGUGCAACAAAAGAAAGAAGGCUCUCUAAAUCGAAAACAACCAGCCGAUCCUUUCCAGUACUCACCAUCAGCUUUUGCUAAAGAUCAACCCCAAUCGCAGUCAACUCCAAAAGUGGGAGCUCGACCCGGAUCGGCCAUCCCGAGAGUUCCAAUAGUUCCAACAGUUCCAACAGCAACGAGAGAUCGGGGAGCAACUUGGGGAAGACAGCCAAAUGGAUUACCCCCAACUCAUCAUUUUCGCUCCGUUUCCGCAAUGGGACAUCCAGGCCAUCCAACAAUGCCCGCAAUGGGAACAUUUCAAAGGACAGGCUCGAGAACGAGUGAAGUACCUGUGCCACAAAUGGGCUCUCGUUAUCACUCGUACACGACUCUUCCCCGUCCCGAUCAACCACUCGAUCCUUAUCAAUUGCAUGAUCAUCCCUUCUAUGCACAUCAUUUCUAUCAACCGCAACAUCAACAACCGCAACCGAAAAUGAUAAUCUCUCGUCCUCCAUCCGCUAUGCCACCCCAACAAAUGGGUGCAGAGUUUGGGCAACCGAUUCCAGCGAUUGUCCAGAAAUCUCCACAGAAUAGUCAACCAUUCCCAGUGACCAGUGCUAUCCAGUCAAAUCCAAAUAUGUCCACAUCAAUGACGAGUCGUCGCUCGGAGAUCGUCAGCUGGAAUGCGCUCAGCUUAUUGUGCUCACUACAGGUUCUCUGCGGGUUGGCGAUUUUCGGGCUCGGCGUUUUCCGGAUGUUGCAGCACGCGAAAUGGGCACUUGGCGUCGAGUUGGGCUACGCGAUAUCGGUGUUGAUUUCUGGUAUGGCUGGGAUCUCUUCAGUUCGUUCCACUUCCUACUGUGGUGCCACGUUCGCCUAUGUGCUCGCCGCAGCGAAUUGUCUAUUUUCCGGGGCUCCGUUUGUGCUUGGUCUUCUUCCCAUUAUUCCGUAUGGUUUUCCAUCUGUGGAUCCCCGCUUUUUAGUGAACAAAGAUGAACCAUUUGAGAUCGAUUUGGCGAUGAGUCUUGUCGUUGCGAUAUCUUGUCUUCUUUCAUUUGUGAUGGUGAUCUUUGGGUGUAAAGCUCUUGGAAAUGCUUGUCGUGUUGUGGAGAAGUUGAAGGCUCGAGCCGACAUCGACACAACAUUCGGCGUGGAACCCCUUCCAAUCAAGCAA